CUCUUCACCGCAAGGUCUUAUUGUCGAGCCCCUGCAGCUUCGCGGCCCCGGAUAUGUCCCUGAUCCUCUUUCUAAAAACGCACAAUCUUGACACUAGCACAUUAUCGUGAUUCGUAUCAACAUGAUCGUCAAAGCAGAAUCCCCACCCGCCGAGGACCGAUUCAAGUCAUUCCACCUCUCAUUCCUUGACCAGAAUGCGGUUCGCGUCUAUACUCAAACACUAUGCAUAUUUCCUUUUGCAGACCAGAACAACGCUAAGGCCGCCAUCCGCGCUCUCGACGAUGGAUUAUGCCUCACACUCCAGAAAUUUCCGUUCCUCGCUGGCACUCUCAGCCUUGCCGGUGAUGCUUCAGGCAGACUGCAGCUCACGUAUCCUGUCGAUGUCACGGACCGUGAGGCGACGGAGGGUCUGUUUGCGGCUAAGCAGAUACUCGUGGAUGACUUCCCUCAUCCUUAUGAGACACUGAAAAAGGCCGGCAUGCCACCGAGCGCAUUCAAGAGUGCCACGUUUCUUCCAGACGACUUCGCGAAUUACCCAGGCGUUCCCGCCAAUGGCGAAGGCCUUUGCAAGUUCGAGGUCAGUGACGCCCCGGUGAUGAGGGUGCAGGCAUGCUUCAUACCAGGCGGACUUGUCUUGAGCAUCUACGUUCACCACAGUCUCCUGGACUUCCAUGGCAUCUCGACUUUCUGGGAGUCUCUCGCCACAAACGUCUCUUACGUCGCACGGACGCACGGUUCCAGGGAUAUGGAUCCAGCGCCUUUAAGUGUAGCCGAUUAUCAAUCGUCACUACGAGCCAAGCUUGAUGAGCGUGUGUCUUACAAGGGAACGCAACGCCCAACAGCAGACUGCUAUUGCGAAGGCACCUUCCAGUACAAGAAGACUUUGCCAGACAGCACCAAAUGCACGCAACGACUUUUUGUCUUGCCUGCAGAUCACAUUCGCGAGUACCGCGAACGUCUUCGACCGCACUUUCCACCGUCAUCGCCUCCCACGCUGUGCAAUGUCCUUGCUGCUCUGGUAUGGACGCACGUUACACGCGCAAGAGCGGCCCGCUUGGUCAAGCACGACUAUGCAGAAGCCAACCUUGGUAUCGCUACAGACCUUCGCAGGAGAUGGCAACCCCCAGUCAGGGCCGACUUUACGGGUAACUGUGCAUUGUUCUCCAAAUGCACAGCCGAGAUCUCAGAUCUGACAGCGGAGGAAUGCGUAACCGACACAACCGUUCUCCACGUCAUUAGGAAGAUCAAGAACACUAUCACAAGUGUCAACAACGACUGGAUCGACCGUCACUUUGCCUUCUUCAAGGACCUCAAAGAGAUCAAGGACACAGAAUGUGCUCUGGCCCUCAAGUUCGGGUCUGAUUGCUACAUUACGUCGUGGCUCAACUUCGGUGCCGACUGCCGUUGGGGCAUUCCUGGCACAGACUUGGCUGAAGACUCCCUCGGAGGCCGACCUGAGUUCAUCAGGCGAGCUUACGGACCCGGUGAUGGCGGCAUGAUCUUCCUUCCGAGAAGAAGGCAUGUAGCCAACGGUGCCGAGGCGCCUUUCGAGAUCCUGGUCCGUCUUGCCGAAGAGGAUAUGGACCGCGUCCUGAAAGAAGACGGUGGCUUGUGCAGCUGGUCUAAAGCUGUCGUCUUAUAGACUGCAGCUGACUUAUUACUGUCGGCAGACGCGGUUUGACACCGCUGUAUUGCCGGCAUUGUGGAUGUUUGGUCAUGCUGUGGCCUUUUCGGGUGCCUGGCGCACCCUUGUUGAUGAUACUCUCUCUCGCGACAUACGCGUCCUCAAGCAUUGGUUAACGGAUAUAGUUAUUGGCGUUGCAUCGCCACGGUAUGGCUCUAGGAAUAUCCUGUACAAAUAGAUAGUUGGUUUCUGGGGGGUAUAUGUUUCUACCUCGAUGAGGAUCAUGUCGGAUCCUGGCGUUUCUUUACGAUUUCGAUAAAUCUCUGUAAUUUCGCGGGCGCCUACCUCGGCUCCCGCCAGCAGCCACCGCUGCUUCCUUUGAUUCAAUGAACAACAACUCUUC